AUGUUCUCUUUAUCUAAGUAUAAACCAUGCCUAACAAUGCCUAAUGGAGUGAAUGAUUUGUGUUUAAAAAACGAGCAGAUUGUGCGUGCGUUAGAAGGAAACGUAUCACUGUCAGAUCUUAACGAAGGGAUGAGACCAGGUCAAAGCAAUGUAUACAGCUCAUAUGGAGGAAGCACUGAUUAUGACUCGAGCCAAUACAAUGAAGACAUGAAGAAGUUUAGGAAAAUGGCACUUGGAACUCAAGAGCACAACACCACCGGGGAGUACAGUAAUCCAACAAGUGACUAUGGACUGUACCCAUCUGGUUCAAGCAGCGAGGGCCAAACCACACGCGAAAUGGAGAUGGGGAAGAUUAAGAGAACCGGUCAAGGUUAUAGUGGACCUUCCCUGUAA